GAAAAUAACACACACUCUUUGGAUCCCGCAGGUCUUCCGCUGAAACCCGGCAACUUUAUAUUUUUAUUACGUUUUUCUCAAGUUUUCUCCCGUUUUAUAGCUAGUUGUCUCGCCUCUGGUAUUAUUUUGUUUUCGAAAGAGCAGAAAGCCAACAUCUGUCCUUCAGCGCCAAUGUAAUGUAGGCAUUUUGGGUAACUCAAUUAAAGAAGGGAAUUAAAUGGAGAGGAGUGAAGAUGAACGCCACAGGUUGAAUGGGCCUAAUGACCAUCAGCACUGAGCAGCCCGGAGUUCAGGCUUAGCACCAGUCUGACGGACCAAUCACAUCGCGUCCCCGCUGGCGGAACUCCGUGAGGCCAGUCGCAGUUAGACAGUAAAACCCAUAUAGCUUGGAAAUGAUUAAGAGAACCAGUUUCUGUCAGCUCUAGAUCGGGGAAGUUACAUUUGAGGGAGCACGUUUGACAUUUUGCGCAUGUGACAACUGAAUUACUUCUUUUUGCGUCUUCUCCGGGAUAGUUAGGCUUCUUUAACUUGAGCUGUGCACCCAACCUAAAUUUCCGAUGCAGUGUUUAAAUUGUCACGUGUCAGAGAAUCUGUGAAUAUCUCGUCGUUUACCGUCCUUCUCUUGAGCUCGUGUUUUAUGCUUUUAUUUCUGCGCCGAUGAUGGAUUAUCAUAGACCGACUGAGAUGGAACAAGAGCGAUCGAGAUCAACAUCACUUCCGAAAAGCACGGCCAUUUAAAACAGGUGGCUGAUCCAGCAACAGUUCAAUCUGUCCUCAUCAUCUUCUGCUACAAUAACAGGCUGCCAUCUGAGAACCGCUGAGAUAUACAGUGCGCAGGCUCUCCAGCAUCAAACCCCAGAGCAACGCACAGUGGACCUUCUGCCAACCCAGUUCCAGACUUGAUCGUCAACAGUUCCGGGAAAUCGAGCAGAAACUCGUAGACAAGACAGGAAGAAAAAUUUUUGCGGAGAACUCUGUUGGAAGAACGACUACUUUGUGGUUCUUAUUUUUCCUUCCCUGAACUCUCCUCAGAGGGUUAGAGGAGCAUGUAACUGAAACAAGUGGAGCCCUCUGUGAUUUCAGCAUUCUGUCUCCCCCAUCUGUGCCUACAUCCUCUGCUACAGAUAGGGACAUUUUGAUAAUUACAUGUAAUUAUAAUUUCUGUGGGAGACGGAUCUGCCUCUGUCUAUUAUUGCCAACACCUCCAACACAAUAACUUCACACAUUUACAUAUUUCUCAACAAAACUGAUAUUCUUUGAACCUUGGAGACAAAUCAGGAAUAACUUUACAAAAAGAGACAUGUCACAUGCAGAAGCAAUGUGCAUUCAUCUCAUACCUAAUUAGGGAUACAGAUGAGUGACAUGGGCAACAAUUUGUGCCUAAAAGCUGACUAAAACCAUGGCAUUUUCCCCCGUUUUUAGCAUAUUUACCAGGCCAGGAGGGAUUUUUCAUUUUUUUCCUUACUCCUAAUUUUCUGUUACAGUCGUUGUAAGCAGAAUCGUCUUCAUUAUCACCCACUGCCCAGUCACAGUAAUGGCCCAUACCUGGCGAAUACUGAUACAAACUAAUCCAGCCAUGGAUAGGAUUUAGAUAAAUAAUGUAUCCAUAUAUUUGAUGAGUGCCUAGAGCAACUUAAUUUAGAAAUUAUAGCCUACUUGAAAGAAAUUAGGGAGCAUUAACAAAUAGAGCAGAUCAGUGUUUAAAAGGGAGAAAAGCACCAAUUUUUAAAAAAGUUAUAUAGAAUUUUUUUCCCCCAGAGAGUAAUUGCUUUCAGGAUACAUAUGUGCCCAUUCUGAAUGUAUGUAGGGCCAGACAGAAAUAGUAAAUGAAGAAAAAGCAGACAAACAUCUGCCAUAAUCUAUUUUUUAAGUGCCAAAAUCAGCACAGGAAUGUACAGGAAUGCCAUAUUUUACUGAACAAACUUUCUACUAAUUUUUAAUGGUCUUUGUGGGCACAUAAAGUAAUUUUAUCCAGUAUUGCAUGUGAUAUUUGUUAAUCUCUUGACUGAUAUGUGUAGGAAGAAAUAUUGUGGAUUAAUUGCAUGAGGUUAGUCGCCGUCAGUUUGUGUGUGUGUGCGUGUGUUUUUUUUAGCAUAACUCCUAAUUUAUUUCAAUGAGAUGAAAUCACAGUGCUUUCAGGGUUCCUUUCCAGAAGGCACGUGAAAUAAUUGUAAUAAUAAUGUUACAAAUUAUUGUCAUAUCUAGAAAGAUAUUGAUAAUUUAGUUGUUUUUUUUUAUUUAUUUUUGUUUGUUUUUUUAUUGGUCCUGACAACUUUUGUCAUUAAACACUGACAAUAGGUAGAUUUACAUGUCACUGAAUGAAACUGCUGAUACAUCUAAAAAAUCCAGUUGGCUGUACAUGCUAAAUGAAUAUUUCACAUGGUAUUUUAGUGGGUUAAAUGGCAAAAACAGAUACAGUGUUAUAACUGCAUUGACUCAACAACAGAAAAUAGAUGUCAUGGUCAUGUAAAAAUGAUGCUCACUACCAAUCUCAGAGUUCUCGCUGUCUCCCUCCUCUCCCUUCUCACUGCCCCACUUACUACUGCUGUGGAGACCUCCCUGGCCCCCACUCCUCAGCACAGUGACCACUCAGGGAGAUCAUUUACAGAGCCCCCCAAGACUGACUCCAGCCCCUCUCUCCUGCUCCUUGCUAUUCAGGCCAGUGUCAGGCCUGCUGCUCUCCAAAGCAGGCCCAAACCCCUUGAGAAACUUCUAGAAACCUCAGAGAGAGUUCUGGAGACACCCCAGAGACCUCUGCCGCAGGUAAUGUUCCCCAAGAAUGUAACUUCAUCAGAGGCCCUCGCACCACCUUUAGGUGCAGCCAAUGUAGAGCCUAUUGCACCGCGUAUGAUGGAUGUAUGGAUGGACGUAUGUCGGGGUUACUAUGAUGUAAUGGGACAGUUUGACAGUGCUUUCAACUGCUCCAAGGACACCUUCAUCUACUGCUGUGGAACCUGCCACUACCGCUUCUGCUGUCCAGAGCGUAGACGACAGCUGGAUCAGGACAACUGUAAAAACUAUGACUCUCCAGACUGGGCCAAGCCACAGACAGAAGCCAUGAUCAUACCAGAGGAUUUAGGCCCUGACCCAAGCUUUGAUCCACUAAGGCAGCAGAGCCACAAUACGGGCUUCGUUAUCGGCGGUGUGGUCGUGUUCAUGGUGGCUGUCGCUGUGGGCAUUAAGGUGGGAUUCAACAAGGUGCAACAAGAAGCAAACCAAAGGGAUCUGAAUAUGCCCAGAGCCCUGGUUGACAUGCUGCGGCAUCAGUCGAGCCCAGUCCAGCAGGAUGAGAGAAACAACAGUGUGGCUCUGACUGUAGGAGAUGGGCAGGGGACACUAGGGAGAGCUCCCAAAAAUCUCUAUGCCCCAGGACUGCCUAGCAAGGACAACAGAUUGGGCAAUCUGCAGCACAAUUUCAUCCACUCAUCAGGCUCCAGCCCCAAACACACCGCAACCAUCGAGCGCACCCCUAGGAUGAACAAUGCUCAGCUGGCAGCUGGAGGCACCCUGCUUUCCAGCAAGCAUAACAACACCAAAUCCCAGCCUUCCUUCCACCACUCCUUGCACAAUCUGGCCCAGCUGCCACCCUCCUAUGAGAGCGCCACCAAGCCUGAGCUCAACAGAUACUCCUCACUCAAACGCCUCGAAAAAGGUCUUGAUGAGUACUCAUCUGGUUACUGCACCACCAAGCGCCGGCCUCACACAGCCCAGCCGGCCCUCCAGUCCUCUCAGCACCAUCUCCACUGGGGUGGAGAUUACACCCUCAGUGGGAGAGGAACCCUUCCCAGGCAUGCAAUGCGUCCCUGGAUCCCACCACCACCUUCUGGCAUGCCUGCCUCUCCCACUCCCAAUCCUUACCCUCUGGAUCCUCCGGAGCCCCAGUACAAUCCCAACUAUGACACACUUUCCAAGCCAAGAAAAGUGAAGUCUACUGACCAGCUGCUCAACACGAGUGACAUGCCAACCAACACUGGGACCCUGUCCCGACUGUCCAAGAACCAGCAACAUCAGUACUACAAAGCCAUGGCUGCCUCCAACAAGAAUUCCAACACGCAAACCCUCACUAGGAAGACGCAGGACAGGCAGGAGAGACAAGAGAGACAAGAGAGACAGGAGAGGCUGCUGAUGUCCCCAGACCAUUUGGAGGAGAGGAUGGGGGUUGGCGGGAUUGGUGUCGUAGAUCCAUAUGCCCACAAAACCGGGAUUGUCCCCACACUGCCUCGCCAGCAGAAGGCCCAGUCCCAGCAGAACGUCUGUGCCACACCCUCCCUCGACCGGCACCAUAUGAUCAAGAUGAACUCUCAUCCUACAUCCGGCCGAGAGCAGGAGAGAAACCCGGCUGUGACAGGGCACAUGAGUGGGGGCAUGGGAUGGGCUGGGGAGAUGCCUGGGGCGGGGGUAGUCAUGGGAACAGGAACACUAGGGGGGCACAGCGCCAGGAGGAUGGCUUUUGCAGCAAAAAGGCAGAACACCAUUGAGCAGCUACAUUUCAUACCAGGAGGGGGCGGUGGGGGGUCAGCAGGAAGUGCAGGAGGCAGUCAGGGGAUCAGGACAGGGAGUAAAAAUGAGGUGACGGUGUGAGGUUUGUGCCUAGUGUAGAGUCAUCAGACUGAUGGAAGUAGAUCACCUAUCUGCUUUUAACUAUUAGAUAUAACUACAAGAAAUAAAACUAGAAGUAUGAAGUAUAGUAACAGUAUAAUGUGUUUAGGCUAUUCAAAUUGGGGUUCUCUUGUAAUUAAAUUAGCUUGAAUAUAACAGCUUAUAAAAUUAAAAAUCUAGGAAGGAAGCAACUCUUCUGCUUUUGCGAUAGCCUACAUCAGCCAUAUUUUGUAACAUAUUUUGCCAUAUUGCCAUAUACAGCAGUGCCAUUACUCAAAAGACUGAACAGACGGGUGAAACAAAACCAACAGAGGAGUUGUUCAUGAUUUAGUUUUAUAUAUGUUUUUCAAAAAGUACUCAGGAGCCAUAUUAGAUAGGGAAUCAGACUAUAAAAAAGGCUUAAUGAAGCAGAAGGCUGUGUGAAACAUUUCAUUACAGAAUUUCAGAAAAAACGAGCCAACUACCUGGACUGUUGAUGUGCUCAGCCCUGACUGACAAUGAUAUAUUAAACUCUAUCCUAUGGGUAAAAAGCCUGGUGGACCAGACAAGUCUCAGAGACCUGUGUGUCUGAUAAAGGAUUUCUAAGAUCUUGCUCUCCGCUGACCAAACCUCAUCCUGACACAGGAAGACUGAGCUGUGCUGGCUGCUUUCUAUGUAACUGAGUGGACAAGGUGGGACCUGUUUACGUCUGAGACAUGGAAACCUGACACUAUUGGCAGGACUCCUCGCCUGAUUUAAACUGCGGAUGUACCCACAUUAACAAUCUGAUGCCUGGGUUGCCUAGUUUUCCAUGUGACCUUAGAUAAAAUCACCAGAGGAACUUACACUCUGACCAUUGUUACACUACAGGAGUGUAAACUGAUAUCAGACCAUGGUGAGAUUUCUCUAGCGUUCCCAUUUUACAGAUCAGGGCCUAGCUGUGAAAAUAGCGAUCAGUCAUGGCAUUACACAGAAAUGUUGACACAAACUUACAAAAUCAAGAAAUUAAAAAAAAAAAGUGUGUGUUCAGUUUACCUAAAAAUAAGUUGUGUAUGAAGAGCGAAGGUUUUUCUACAGAGCACAAAUGAAUAGAGCAUAGAGGUUGCACUUACACAACUGUCCUUCAAAGCCAUUUAUGGAGAUACAAAGAAUAUACCACAGAGGAAGCUGAUCUGACAAUCGCCACUUAAUUAUUAUUACCAGGUGACCACUUAUACAAGUCAGUGAUGUUUUGUAUAGUUGAAGGAUCAGCUUUCCAACAGGCCAAAAACCUCAGAGCCAGGAGCGAGAGCAACAUGAGGCCUUCUCCUGCGCGGCUCCAUGUGCCGCAAGAGACUCGGAUGGUGAGGAAGCCCUUGCCAACUUCAAGACAAAGACCUUGCUGUAUCAUAACGCUAUUCAGCCAGUAUGAGUUAAAAAUAAUUACAAAACAAAGAAAAAAAAAAAAAAAAAAAAAAACUUCAACAAUAACAACGCUUAUCAAUACUAAGGGCUAUCCUAUCCUAUAUACUGUAGUAUGUGAUAUCUGUGGUCCAUAUAAAAUUCUAUCUCUUUCUAUUGAUUUUGUGUUGAUAUUGUCAUGCUGUAUUAAGUAUUAAUGUGUACAAAAAAGCAAGAGCAAUUUAAGCACAGUUCAAAGAGAAACAUAGACAAAGCUUUGCACAAAUCAAUCCCCUGAUAUUUGCACCAGAUACGGACAUAUAGUGUCCUCAAGGUUUACAUUCUGUACGAGCACAGCUGAAAGUGUGACUGAUCAAUGGAGGGCACAGCAUUGUGAGAGGAUUUGUUCUUUUGUUUUCUUUUCCUGUCAAGUGAAAUCAGAGGUAUUUACCCAGAUCAGUGAAGGAGCCGUUUUUGUUCAGUCAUUUGAGAGGAUACAGAGACUAAAUACUGAAGAACAGAAACACAGAUUACAUUUGGACAAUCUUCCUAUACACAGUGCUAAAUGUAGUUGUUAUAAAUAUGAUGGAGUGUUAUUAUUAAUGAUUAUUAUAACUGUUAUGGUUAUUAUUAACAAUUAUAUUAUGAUGUGAUGUUCCUUUACUUGGUGGGAUUUAAGUGUUUAUUGUUUUUAGAUAACUAGCAUUCUCAUGACUAGUUUGUUUUUCAUACAUCUGGUCAUAAAGUUUUUAAGAUAUUCCAAAUCUUGAUGCAUGCCAGCUCCAUUUCAUUGAGAGGCAUUGACAGCAUGCCUGGAUUUCAAGGUCAUCCAUGCUUAUAUGGCCAAUUUUCCAGCUGUAUGUACUGUGCCUAGACAUCAGCCUUAUGACUUGUUGGUCUCAAGUGAUUACUUAGGUUUCCUCUCUGGUACAAAAACAUGUAUUGGGAAAAAAAAAAUCUGCAGCCCUCUAAAUGUCUUUAGACUAGUGGGGAUAAGUGAGUUUGUGAUGGGCAACAGACAGUCUGUUGUUUCUUCUGAAGCAGCCUGACCCAUUAACUUAUGGGUUGUACAUGCGGAACCUGUGAUGCCAUAAUGCUUGUAUGAUUGUUUAUUGCACAGAUGGGAAGAAAAAAAAACAAAACAAAAAGACAGAGGUCUCAUGGAAACCUGAAAGCUUUGAGUGGAGUGUCUUUUUCAGGGAAAUAGGACAGACAACAUACAGUUAGAAUUGAUUAUUUUAUUUAUUUAUUUUUUUUAUAGAGCCACAAAAGGUCUGUAGCAAAGUCCGUAAUAACUCACAAGCCAUAUCCAUCAAAACUCAUCACAAUUUUAUAAAUGGUUAAUCUAAUUUGUGCAAGUAUUGUAUUUUGUAUAGCUAGUACAAUCAGAAUACUUUGAGUGAUCUCUUCGACAUUAAUUUGAAGAUUCAAGAAAAUUAUGUGUUAGUAAUUAAUGAAUUGUACAGUGCCAAAUUCAAAACAUUUUGUUGUCUUUUUAUUGUCGAAGCCUCCUUGGUGGCUACAGGGGUUAUUUAUUUAUUUAUUAUUUACGUAUUUAUUUAUUUUUUAUUUAUCUAUCUACUUAACUUCACAUUGGGGAACUAAUACACAGGCAGGUAUGCUUUAAAGCUUGUUUUCAGAGAGAAAUGAAUGAAUAUGGUGUGUGUUUUCACCAUUAUGAAUUCAUUUAAAGGGAUGAUGCUUAAUGGCCACAUUAUAUGGACAGGAUUAGGUCCAUUAUUGAAAAGUCAUGAAUUUAUUUUCACGCUUAUAAAUUUCAAUACAACCCUUCUGUUAUUGUUUGAUGCAUUGAUCCCCUUGGAUACGACAGUGACUUACAAAGAAUUUGUAUAAUAAAGUUUGUGGGAAAAAUG